GGCGAGCGUGGAGUGUGGUGACUCACGCCAGCUGGGGGCACGGUCGGUGUCGCGCAGGGCACAGCGACGAUGGAGGGGGCGGAAAAGGACGAUUUCUUCCACCGAUCGGACGAGAAUCUGGCGCUGCAAGAUGGCAUGGACGCGUGCCUUAAGGCAUUCGACGUAGACAGAGACGGCCGCCUGAGUGUGGACGAGUUCGGGGCGCUGUGCCGGGCCCUGUUCCGGAGCGAGGCCGGCGAGCCGUACCCGCUGGAGACCAAGAAGCUGGCUCACAUGUUCAGCGUCUUCGACACCAACGAGGACGGCUUUAUCGACAAGGAUGAGUUCCAGAGGUGUUGGAGCGAAUGGAUUACCACGAUCGUGCGACCGGUGACGGCGCUGGUGAUCGUGGACGUGCAGAACGACUUCAUAUCGGGCUCUCUGGCAGUCUGUAACUGUCCGGCCGGGCAGAAAGGCGACGAGGUCAUCCCGGUGAUCAACUUACUGCUGGAAACUGUGAAGUUCGACGUGGUUGCGUAUUCGCUGGACUGGCAUCCAAGUGACCACAUCUCCUUCAUCACCAACGUCGCCAACUUCCCCAUGCAUUCGUCGUCUACCGUGGCGGCGGCGGACGCCAAGACUUACGACAAGGUGGUUUUUGACGGCGAGCCGGUGCGAGAGCAGGUGCUCUGGCCGGCCCACUGCGUGCAGGACUCGUGGGGCGCCCAGCUGCACCCCGAUCUCAAGGUUAUCGACGACUCGCUCUGCAUCAAGAAGGGCUGCAACCGCGAGAUCGAGUCGUACUCGGCGUUCUUCGACAACGCCAAGCAGUCAUCAACGGGCCUGGCCGGCCAGCUGCGCGAGCGGUUCGUCACGGACGUAUUCGUGUGCGGCCUCGCCACGGACGUCUGCGUCGGAGCCACAGCGUCGGACGCGCGGGAGGAGGGAUUCCGCACCGUCAUCAUCGACGAUGCCAGCCGCGGCGUGGUGGCCGACAACAUCGAGACAAUGAAGCGCAACUUCGCCGGCAAGCAUGGCGUCGUCGUCGACUCGGCCAAGGUGGGGAACAUGGCGCUGGGCCGGGACCGCCACCCAGAGCUGGCCUACAAGCUGGCGCUCGACCUGGCCCAGAAGUGAGUGUCGCCCGGCCCCGCCUGCGGAUUGUAAUACGGCGUCGCACCGGCCGCUGGCCAGACGGUCGACUCGCUGCCCGCUGCCGGGAGGAGGCCCGCUGGGCGCGCGUGCCAUGCUGUCAGCUGCCGGGCCGAUAGCGGCCUGCUCUGAGGAAGUCGCAUACUGAUGUUUUUCCAGUUUGUGGGGAAUUCUGUGACCGCGAGAUUCGAGCGCAAGUUCGUGUUCGAUGCACGAUCGCAGCGGGAAGCGGAGAGCGCCCUUCUUCCCUGAAACGUGAACGGCUUACGUAGCCCGCUGUCGGUCUGUCCGAUAAGACUGUACGACGUAGUGCGAGUAUGGUGAUCCCUGGCAAAACAGAAGUGGCGAAUGAAAGACAGGACUGAGGCUAGCAGAAGCCAUCGCAAGUGUAGGUUAAGUUGUGCCCCCGGCAGUUCGUAAUCGUGUCACUGCAUGGACUUCGGCAUUUUUGUGUCCCCCUAGCAAGAUCCGUUGAAUAACGCGAGCACUCACGCUACCCAAUCACACGGAGCUGAAAACUCGGGACGCCUUUCGGUGGGCGGGGAGGGGAGGCGCCCAGUGUCCUCAAACGAGCGCUGCUCUCUGGAGAAGCUUGCCUGGCUUCAGCUGCGAGCCGUGUCAGCCAUCGUGUGUGUGUUCCACUGGGACCUCACGCCAGCCCCCUCCUACCGGAGGCAAUGGUGCGCGGAGCUGAGUGGGGCUGGACGCCCCCCCCCCCCCCCCCCCCCUCCUCCCGAGCGUCUAGCCCUGCUCAGGUCCGCGCGAGACCCCGUAACUGUACCACGAAGCGCGUGCCGAGGAUCGCGUCACCGUCACCGAUCUCAAGCGGCGGGGCACCGCUUGAGAAGCUAUCCGGAUCUCGAGUCUGGUGCGGGGAUCUCGCCAUAUCCAGGGUCGGUCCGCUCGACCCUGCCCAGCCGCGGCUCUGUCGUGCGCGAGUGGAAUAUGUGGAAUAAAGCCGUCCGCGGA